AUGUUGUUGACGGUGAAGACAAAGGCCGCUACAAUUGCCAUCGCGGGGAAAUUGGAGGCAGCUCUGCUCGACAAAUGGUUGAAGGAGGGGAGAACUGCGGCUGAUGCUUUUAAGCUGUUGAACCUGGAUGGUGGAGAUACCUUUCUUUUGUCCGUGUCUGAAGACAUGCCAGCAACAUUCGAGAAGGCCGUCCUCAACAAUUGGUUGAGCGAGAAGAAAUCUGCUGAUGACGUCUUCAACUUUGUACUGGAACGGUUUGACGAGCAAAUUUUCGAGACCCCCGAUUUGAAUACCUGGGUUUCGUACGUGGCCAAGCUGGACAAGGAGAACCCUUACAAGACCAUGUGGUUGACACUGCAGAAACAUUACAACGAAGCAAAACUCAGAUCGAUGGUUUACAAGGUAGAAGGUAGCAGCCGCACGGAGGAACUUGCUCGGCGAUUGAUUGAACAGAUGUGGCUGAGCGAUGCGAUAACAGCGGAGGACAUGUUUAUUCGACUAAAGCUGAGCCUAUUCCCAGCACGGCUCUUCGAGGGACCGGAGAUAACAUGGUGGGCCUCUUACGUGACGAAGCUGGAUCCCAAGAACGCGGACGAGGUCAUGUUCUCGGUGCUGCAAUCCUUCUACCCCUCGAAAAGAAAGCUUGCAACACUGCUCAAGAAAGCGAAACGGGUUGACGAAACGAAGGACAUCGCGACGAGGCUGGAAAAGCAGUUGCUGCUUAGCAAGGCUAAGUAA